AUGAGCCAGCGAGAGAAUGAAGGCUCUAAUUCUGCGCAACCCCGGGAUGUAGAUAACCCCAUCUAUCGUUCCUAUAAGAUCUUGAGUGAACGAAUUGAGAAAUUUUCUGGGGUAGGCGACCGAACCUUUGAGGAAUUUCUUGAGGACUAUGUGGAUGUGAUUGAGCGUUUUAAUAUCUCAUAUUCCAAUGCUAAAAGUUUACUACCUAUGUUUCUGUCAGGGUCCGCAAGAGUUAAAUAUAACUCUAUAGCAAAUGCAAAGACCUUGACAUGGGACGAUCUCGUCACGAAACUUGCUAAGAAAUGCAAAAAUGAAGCCGUUCUUAGCAAUGUCCGGGAUGAACUGCAUGGAUUAAUACAAGGCAAAGAUAGCGUGGGAGAGUUUGCCAGAAAAGUCCUCGCAAAGGCUAAAGUCGCCUAUCAAGGCCAAGAUAAAGCACUCAUCUCGCAACUCGCGAUCGAUGUAUUCAUAAAAGGGUUGCGCUCGGACAUAAGAAAAGCUAUGCGAAGAUUGCCAAAAAAGGAAGACUUUGAGGAAGUUGUGUCCAGUGCCGAGAGAGAAGCUCGAAUUAUUGAUCAAGAGCGCGUAGAAGAACGCGAAUCUAUGAGGGCUAUCAACUCUCUUUUAGUCAACGAAAAAAUCGAAAAGAUUCAGGAUCAGCUCAACAAUUUAUCCAUUGAUCGCACCCGAAAUACGAGACCUGCGUGGGAAUCUACAAGUAAUCGAAAUUCAUCAGGAAAUGGUUUCGCGGGCCGAGGCCGAAGUCGCGGUUUCCGUCGCCCCUUUCCUUUCCGUCCAGCCAAUUUUGGCACUAGAGGAGGAAGAGGUGGCGGCCGUGGCAUGUUUCCAUCUAGGAACCCCUUCUUGGGCCCUCGAAAUUAUUUCCCGGGUUAUUUUCCCCCGCUGUAUCCGCAGUAUCCUGCAUAUCCUCCACCGGACCCUGCAGUACAUUCUCCGCGAUCAAUAGACCCUGCCGUAUAUCCCCCGCGAACAACCGUAAGAGGGAGAGGAACAAACGCGCUGCCAUUACCUUCCGCUAACCUACUUUUUGUCGCCUGUUUGUUCUUUUUGAUGAUGCCUGUCAUUGCCCAGCCUUACCAAAUUUGUGGAACAUCGCAGUUUGCGCAAGCCUUUUCUCUCCCUAAAGCUAUAUCUUGCAAAGCGUCCCCCGGAGAGCUAAUGAUAGCCACUAAAGUCCAGCUG